AUGGAUGAGGCAGGGCAGACCGACGUCAUAAUCAUUGGUGCCGGGCUUUCAGGUGUUUGUGCUUUGGUGAAGCUGCGAGAGAAAUUUCCAGCUAUCAAGAUUGAAUUGUACGACAAGAAUGGCAACGUAGGAGGUACAUGGGCGAAGAACACCUAUCCUGGUCUGUCUUGCGACAUACCUUCUCAGUUAUACUCCUAUUCCUUUGCCCCGAACCCGGACUGGUCAGCCACAUACGCCUCUCAGCCGGAGAUCUUGUCUUAUAUCCAGCAAGUAGUCCACUCGUUCGACUGUUCUAGCUACAUCCACCUCAAGCAAGAAUGCGUCACGGCAGAAUGGCUUGACGAGGAAUUACACUGGCGUGUGAGAUUGAUCGACCUUGACUCCGGUCAAAUGUAUCUCAAGUAUACAAGAUUCCUGAUCACCGCCGUCGGAUUCUGUGAUGUUCCUAAAGGCACGGAUAAGAUUGAUGGAAUCGAAAACUUCACCGGAAAAGUCUUCCACGGUGCUAGGUGGGAUCAUUCCUUCGAUUUUAGCAACAAAGCCGUGGCCGUGGUCGGCAAUGGCUGCUCUGCGAACCAGUUCAUCCCGUCUCUGCUCGAUCAAGCCUCGGUCAGAAGUCUUGUUCAGUUUAUGAGAAGCCCGCACUGGAUCGCUCCCAAAUACAACAGCCACGUUUAUAGCUGGCAACGAUGGGCCUUUCGCCGUGUACCAUUCGCAAACCGAUUUUGGCGAUAUUGGCUAGCUAUUAAACUCGACCUGGCCUUCCCUGCCUUCAAACAUAACAGGCUAGGUAAAUUUCUCCGGCAACAGGUCCAGACGUCCCUGACCAACUAUAUCCGACGAUCAGCGCCCCAAAAGUAUCAUCACAUGCUGAUACCAUGCUUCGACUUCGGAGCGAAGCGGCCAGUUUUAGAUCACGGAUACCUACAAUCGCUGCAUGAUCCGAGAGUAACGCUGGUCAGUACGCGGUCUUUGUCCGUCGUUGGCCCCCGUGAGCUGCAAAGCAAUAGCGGUGAUAUCUUUCCUGCGGACGUACUUAUACUUGCCAAUGGCUUCGAAACUCAACAGCUUCUAACUCCGAUGAACAUCACUGGUUUGAGAGGGGUAGAGCUGCCAGCUCUUUGGCAGCAAAGCGAGAAGUAUGCAUCUGCUUACAUGGGUGUCUGUAUCUCGGGGUUUCCUAACCUUUUUGUGCUCACCGGUCCUAAUACCCUUCCCUCUGGUCACUCUACCUUAGUAGGCAUCGAGUGUUCCGUAGAGUACAUCAUACGAUUGAUGAGCCGAGUUUUCAAUAAUCAUUCAUCGAAGGUUAAACUUGAGGUGACAGCAGAGGCUCAGGAUUCCUUCAAUACAGUGUUGCAGUCCAAGCUACAACGCCUCGUCUAUACUUCAGACGUAUCAAGUUGGUACUUGGAUAAACGUUCUGGGAAGAAUACGCUUAUCUGGCCCGGGAGUCAAUUUGAAUUCUGGUAUUCAAGAUGUUUACAAAGGGUGAAUUGGGCAGACUUUGCCAUUGAUACUCGUGGCUAG